AUGUGGCCGCGGUUGCUUGUCCACACCGUCGUGAUUCUGAUCCUGAUGUGCUGUCUUACACACCAGUACGCAGCUGAAGCGGCAGCGUCAGGACCAGCGUCGUCCCAGGCGUCUGGUCGGCCUGUGUUUUCAGGCCAUGCCAAGUUCCCGACGAGCUUGUUUGAGUCCAUGUACUUCAUGCCUAAGAAACCCACGGCUCAGCCACGAUCCGCCGUGCGUCGUCUCGAUGGCACCUGGUUCCCGGACGAUCUGAACAACCCAACGAAACUCCCUCAGUCUGCGCCUCCCGCCGAACGGGUCCUGCCGCCACCUCUGCAUGGCAAGCACAAGGUCAGUGCCCUGGUACACGACCUAUUCAACAUCGCAUACCAGCUGUUUCGCCCCCAGAAUGCAUCACAUGGCCUGUGCGACUUGUGCCGCACAGGUCUCAGCACGUUGCAGACCAUCACCCACCUUGAUCCGGAGGGCGUGCCCGCUGUGUUGACGGCGCUUUGCCGCACAUUCCAGCUCCUUGGCAAGAAGGACGUCGCCGACCAGUGCGCACUGACGUUCUCGCGCGACAUGUAUGGCGGGCCUAUUGCGCAGGUGAUGAGCUACGGCAACUUUUCCGGCCGUGCGCCCGACGCGACGCUCGUGUGUGCAGCGGUGCCAUUCCACUUCUGUGAGUAUCCCUCCGAGGAGCUCUCAGCGUCCUUCUUGCAUGACUGGUUCCAUGGAUCUACCGAGGCACCACAGCAUGUCGUAGACCGCUGGCACCAGCAGCAGGAGCAUGCGCGUGCAUCGUUCGACGCGUCCCACAUGCUCCGUGUGCUGCACGUGUCGGAUCUGCAUGUCGAUGGCCGCUACAUGGUCGGCAGUGAGAGCAACUGCACGUUUGGCGAGACGCGCUACUGCUGUCACUCCAUCAGUGCGAACGAGAACUAUUUCCACCAGCCCCUGACGGAGGGGGUCGUACCACGUCGCAACAUAUCGGCGCCGGCCCAGUAUUGGGGUCACUACACGUGUGAUGCGCCGUGGUCGCUGAUCGGCAGUGCCUUUGAAGCGAUCCAGCAUGUGGGCGAACAGCACGCGUACGACCUGGGUCUUUUCACCGGCGACUUGACCGUGCACGACGAUCUGUUCCGCUACUCGCACGACCUCGUCGAGUACAGCGCACGUAGCCUGUUCGACAGUCUUGCCAAGGUGCUGGGCGACGCGCCCCUGAUGGCGACGCUCGGAAACCACGACUCGUCGCCCGAAAACUUCUAUGCGCCGCAUGCCAUGCCACACGGUCAAGCGGCCCAAUUCAAUUGGGACUCGCGCUUUAUGGCUCGGCUGUGGCGCGAGAAAGGCUGGAUCGACGAGGAGGCCGAGAAACAGGCUCGCUCACACUACGCAUGUUUCUCUGUGAGCCCCCGCCGGGGACUGCGGGUCAUCUCGCUCAACUCCGACUUUUGGUACUAUGUCAACGUGUUCAACUACAUCCACUCGACCAACCCGGACUUUAGCGGCAUGCUCCGUUUCCUCACUGACGAACUGUUCAAGGCCGAGGAACGCGGCGAGCGUGUGUGGAUUCUCGGCCACGUCCUCACCGGCUGGACCGGUGCAGAGGCUCUUGAUAAGCCAGCGAAUCUGUUCUAUCAAAUCGUCCAUCGGUUCGCUCCCCAUACCAUUGCGGCGAUCUUCUUCGGCCACACGCACCAGGACCAUUUCUCUGUCUUUUACCGUGCGCAGUCCGGCAAGUCGCGUGACGUGUCGCGCCACACGCACGAUGCUCAGGUGGUCUCGUACGUGGCCCCGUCCAUCACGCCCCUCACGAAUGUGAACCCGUCGUUCCGGGUGUAUAAGGUGGACCCUGUCACAUUCGACGUGUACGACUAUGACCAGUAUUACACAUCCGUCGACGACUUUGACGCUCUCGGGCCUUCGCAGGCGCCCAUCUGGCGCUUCCUGUACAGCGCGCGCGACACAUACGGCGACUUGCGCGCGAGUGUGCACGCGAACAAGUACCAUGCACCCGUCUCACUCGACGGCACUCACUGGCCGCGACAGGCGCCGCUGAAUGCCUCGUUUUGGGCUGCGCUCACCGACGAAAUGGAGGCGCGCCCUGAGCUCGUCACGACCUUUGCUCUUCUCAAGAGCCGACUCAGCUCAGCCGCGAGUAACUGCUCCGACACCCAAUGCCGUGAGGCCAAUAUAUGCUACAUGCGCAGUGCUACGCCGACGCAGGGCCGUGAUUGUCCCGCUGGCCACGGCUCCGUCGUGUGA